UUUGCAAUGGAACGAAUAUGGCUCCUGCUUUUGCUGUCUGUAAAAUUGCUGUCAGUGACUGCACAAUUCAAUGGAUAUAACUGUGAUGCUAACUUACAUAGCAGGUUUCCUGCAGAACAAGAUAUCAACGUCUACUGUGGAGUUCAGGCAAUUACUAUGAAGAUUAAUUUUUGCACUGUCCUGUUUUCUGGUUACUCUGAAACUGAUUUAGCACUAAAUGGGAAACACGGGGACUCUCACUGCAGGGGAUUUAUAAACAACAACACAUUUCCAGCAGUGGUAAUUUUCAUAAUCAAUCUCAGCACUUUGGAAUCUUGUGGAAGUUCUUUAAUGGUAACCUCAGUUCCAGGUAUCAAUGUAUAUGGCAAUGCAUCCACAGUCCAAAUAGGUAAUAUUUCAGGAUAUAUAGAUACCCCAGAUCCACCAACAAUUAUCAGCUAUUUACCAGGACUUCUGUAUAAAUUUAGCUGUAGUUAUCCUUUGGAAUACCUAGUCAACAAUACACAACUUGCUUCGUCAUCAGCUGCAAUUUCUGUAAGAGAGAACAAUGGUACAUUUAUAAGCACUUUGAAUUUGCUCCUUUACAAUGACUCUACCUACAGCCAACAGCUGAUUAUACCUAACACAGGACUACCUUUAAAAACAAAAGUUUUUGCAGCUGUGAGAGCAACAAACCUGGAUGGAAGAUGGAAUGUUUUGAUGGAUUACUGCUACACUACUCCAUCUGGAAAUCCAAAUGACAAUUUGCGAUAUGAUCUCUUCUUUAGUUGUGACAAAGACCCUCAGGACACUAUAAUUGAAAAUGGGAAGAGUCAAAUGGCCGAUUUCUUUGAGGUGUUCCGCUUUGUGAAACAUAAGAACCAGAAAAUGUCCUGGUUUUUCUACAUUGUAUCACAAGUGUGCAGAGCGGAUGACUGCCCCUUUCUUGUUCAAGCCUGCAGUAAUAGAAAAAAAAGAGAUGUGAUGAAGCAAACCACUUGGACACCUCAGAGCAUUUCUGGAAGUGCAGUAAUAUCUGCUGGCCCGAUAAUUACGAGAACUGUGCAUUUUAUAGCGUGCUGUACUUUGAAUGCUACACUGGCACAAUGGCUAUAUCUUUACCUUAGGAAAUUCCCAACCAACAAUUCACAGCUCGGAAGUCCAAAUGGAUUUUCUUUCCAGCUGAAUUCAGUCACCAGUGCAUUGAUUUCAGGAAUAGUAAUUCUAGGAAUUAUCAGCACCAUUUCUUGUGUAUUAUCCCUUCUCCUUUUCUACAGAAAGGGGCACAGUAGUAACCUUUUGAGUGGUGUAAGAAAUCCAGUUUUCAAUUAG